UCGUGCGUGGUUACUAUGCAAAUUGCAGCGAUUGCGGAAAUAAACAAGGGGGUAGGGAGAGGAAAGAGGGGCUGCCGAAAGGAUCGCAACUUCUGCAAAGUCUCUUACAAGCACACCAGGCAAAUCCAGAGAGAAUCUGAGAAGCAGCCAGCCCGGGGGACAAGCUAUGAAGCAAUUCGUCUGAGCAUUUUAAAGUUUCUCACGUACUCUUUUUACAUUGCAAUGGAUGAGUUUCAUCCUUUCAUCGAAGCACUUCUGCCCCACGUCCGCGCCUUCGCCUACACAUGGUUCAACCUGCAGGCCCGAAAGCGAAAAUACUUCAAAAAACACGAGAAGCGCAUGUCGAAAGAAGAGGAGAGGGCCGUGAAGGAUGAACUGCUAAGUGAGAAGCCUGAAGUCAAGCAGAAGUGGGCUUCCCGACUGCUGGCCAAGUUACGGAAAGAUAUCCGGCCUGAGUACCGAGAGGAUUUUGUUCUUACAGUUACAGGGAAAAAACCUCCAUGUUGUGUCCUUUCCAACCCAGACCAGAAAGGCAAGAUGCGGAGAAUUGACUGCCUCCGCCAGGCAGAUAAAGUGUGGAGGUUGGACCUCGUCAUGGUGAUCUUGUUCAAAGGUAUUCCGCUGGAAAGUACUGAUGGCGAGCGCCUUGUAAAGUCCCCACAGUGCUCAAAUCCAGGGCUCUGUGUCCAGCCCCAUCACAUAGGGGUUUCUGUUAAGGAACUCGAUUUAUAUUUGGCAUACUUUGUGCAUGCAGCAGAUUCAAGUCAAUCUGAAAGUCCCAGCCAGCCAAGUGACGCUGACAUUAAGGACCAGCCAGAAAAUGGACAUUUGGGCUUCCAGGACAGUUUUGUCACAUCAGGUGUUUUCAGUGUGACCGAGCUAGUAAGAGUGUCACAAACACCAAUAGCUGCAGGAACUGGCCCCAACUUUUCUCUCUCUGAUUUGGAAAGUUCUUCAUACUACAGCAUGAGUCCAGGAGCAAUGAGGAGGUCUCUACCCAGCACAUCCUCUACCAGCUCUACAAAGCGCCUCAAGUCUGUGGAGGAUGAAAUGGACAGUCCUGGUGAAGAACCGUUUUACACAGGCCAAGGGCGCUCCCCGGGGAGUGGCAGUCAGUCCAGUGGAUGGCACGAAGUAGAACCAGGCAUGCCAUCUCCAACCACACUGAAGAAGUCUGAGAAGUCUGGUUUCAGCAGCCCCUCCCCUUCGCAGACCUCCUCCCUGGGAACAGCAUUCACACAGCAUCACCGACCUGUCAUUACAGGACCCAGAGCAAGUCCACAUGCAACGCCAUCGACUCUCCACUUUCCGACAUCACCCAUCAUCCAGCAGCCUGGGCCUUAUUUCUCACACCCAGCCAUCCGCUACCACCCUCAGGAGACGCUGAAAGAGUUUGUCCAGCUUGUCUGCCCUGAUGCUGGUCAGCAAGCUGGACAGGUGGGCUUCCUCAAUCCCAAUGGAAGCAGUCAAGGCAAGGUGCACAACCCAUUCCUCCCCACCCCAAUGUUGCCGCCGCCGCCGCCACCACCGAUGGCCAGGCCUGUGCCUCUGCCCAUGCCAGACACCAAGCCUCCAACCACAUCCACAGAAGGAGGUGCAGCCUCCCCCACCUCACCGAUCCUGGUACCUGGGAUAAAAGUUGCAGCGUCCCACCAUCCACCAGACAGACCACCUGACCCCUUCUCUACUCUGUAACAUGGACGCAAGCUCACCCCGGCGCAGUUACAACUUCACUGUCAGUGGAAGGGGAGAGAAACCGACUCGAAUCAACCUGUACAUGGAAACAGCAAGCAUCAUGGUCAAACAGCAAAGGCCAUAGCCUUUCGGGAUUUUUUUUUUUUUUUAAUACUUUAGGGACUGUCGUAAUUUCUCAUAUGGUGCUGGAAAUGGUUGGGCUGUGUGACAUUUGAAGUGUUUUGGUGGUGGUGUGAGCAUUAGGUGAAGUGGCUGGUAGAGGAUGAGCCUUGCUCACUAACUUCCCGUUGUAACACACUUCCCUUGCGAGCCUGGCCUUUUCACAGUAUUUCAUGAAUUUGCUCACACAGGUGUGCCCCUCCCUGAGCAUUUGGAGGCACCUGGGGAACGAAGUCUUUUGUAGUAGCUGAGAUCCGUGAUCUGUAACUUACAGGACACUCAAAGGGCAGUUUGGUUUUUUUUUUUUUCUUUCUUUUUUUUUUCUGUAACAUAUUAGAAAAAGAAAAUGCAGUUGCGUUGAUCUUUCUUUUCGUUUGGUUUGGUUCAGCAGUGAGCAGUCACAUACACAACACAGCCCUCAAGGACAGUGGACCCACUCAUGUUGCAGAACAAUUCCAAAAGGACGGCAAAGACUACUACUAUCAGUUCCUUUUGUUGUUGUUGUUUUUUUUAAGUUUUGAAAUGCUGCACUUACAUAGAAAAAAAAAACAUUUUUCAACAAUUUCAACAAUGACACAAAAAUUCACAUGGAAAUGGGGAAGAUGGUCUGUUUUGACAGAAACUGACAGGAAUCAAAACAAUCGAAUUUUGAUUUGAGUGAAGUGCAAUUUCAUUGGAUAGCUAAGUAUCUUUGUAAGAUAGAGAUUGUUGAAAAUUCUAUUUUUGUUUUUCAAGUCCUUCCACCCCAGGACUCUAAAUUAUUGGGGUAAAAAACAGCCUUGCAAGAAAAAGGGGAGCUAUUUUUGCUUUUUAUGUUUUUUAUUGUUAAACUUGUAUCCCUUUAAAAAAAACUGAAGGAAAAUUAAAAAAAAAAAAAACACAAAUCUAAUGGUGCUUUUACCACAAUAUGUUAACUACAUUAAAUGCUAAUUAAUUAUUUUCUGUUAUCAAAGCACAUAACUCAAACGAAAUCAUGGUAUCUGUUAAUUUUAUAAGCUAGAAAUCACUAGAAUGAAUGAUGCCAAUUCUGGAAAUUUUUACAUGUGUAUGGCAACACCAGAUCUAUCAGUUAUCAAACGCCUCAUUGUACCAGACAUUGUCCAGAAGUUUCAAAGACCCUUUGCAGACCCUGAACUGGGCUAUGGGAAAAUUAAUACUAACAACUCAGAUAGGAACACAACUGCUGGUACCCAUUCAGACCAAGGGUACUCGUUAGGGAAAACGAAAAAAAAAGUUCACACACACACACCCCCUCAAAUGUCUUGUAUCUUAUGUUAAAAAAAAAAAAAAAGACAAAAAAGAUCAAAAAAGAACAAAAAAAUAAAAAAGCAGAAACAAACAAACAAAAAAAAAUGCAAGUGAUUUUUCUACCAGACAGCGAAGCACCUCCUUGCUUCCCACGCAACUUCAAGGGUUCCUAUACUAUACAUAUAUAUGUGUUCUGGUUGGCAGGUCCUGCCGACCAGAGGAAGUCUCUGCAUGUUCUAGUGUUAGUAACUAAUUUUUAUAUAGCUAAUGUAGGAUAAAGUAGAGUGCAUUAAGACAAUAUUGUAACCCACUCUAGGCACCUGCCUUUAAACUGUCUCAGCCCUUCAGAAGGGCUCAACUACUGUCCUAUACAAUCAAGUAACUGAAAUUCUUGGGAAGACACUUUGCUCCUCAUCUUUACCCCCAAACGAUGUUGUUUUGUUUUUAUUUUUUUCCUUAAUUUGCACGAAAACAAAAAUUCCAUAUCAAUGUGCCUUGCCCUGGAUAGUGAUUAUUUGUGGAAUUGUUGCACAUGCUCCUCUAUUGAAGGGGUUUUUCCCUACUCAAGCAUUCGGAGACACUUUUUGUAAAUGUAACUUUUAUGUCAGCCAUCGUCAGUUUCAACAUCUAGAUCUAACUAGAAAGUUAGCUGUUCCGCAGACAGGCGUAGUUUUGAUUGUCCUGUGUGGUCAGUGGCAGUGCUAACCUGAGCUCUGUAGAUGCUUACAAUAUCAGUAUUUGGGAUGUUGCUGCAUUUUUCAAUUUAUUUGGAGUCUUCCUUUAUUUUCCCCCAGAUAUAUGAAAAUAUGCAAUACCUGCUUAUAUCAUGUAGAAAAGCUUAGCAGUUAUUAAUUUUCCUUUUUUUUUUAUUUGACCAAAGUCAGUGCUGCACUUGACGCAGUCAGUGUGUUUUUAGGUGUCUGUCUUUGUAUUUUCUGUGGUUUUUGAUGCACGUGCGCAGAAGGGCUCCUCUUAGAGAAGCAGUCAAACUGUGAAGCACUAAGCUGACCCUGCUUCAAGCAAUUUUGUUUUUACAACUGUUCCUUUCACAAGCAAGCCUUAAAAAAAAAAAAAAAAAAGACGACUUCCUUUCUCUUCAGCCCCCACACCCACUUUUCUUAGCAGACAGCAGUCAAUCCACAUUCAAUAAAAAGUACAUAAUGCCCAUUUUUAUAUGCACGUUUUUAAACUUCCAAGUUCUGAAAAUUGUUUACUGGUUAUCUCUAUUUAAGGAAAAAAAAUAAAAUAAAACAUUUUGGAUUUUCAUAUGUGUCUGAUAAGUGGUUGAAUAGUCGCUUGACGCUGUUGUACGUACGGUGUGCUUGUCAGUGUACAGUGUCCCUUCCUAUAGCCAGCAGCAUACUUUGCCUUCCCUCUAGCACUUAGCUGGGCAUUACUUUCUUAUGACAUAUGUGCACUAAAAAGAGAGAGAGAGAGAGAGAGAAAGAAAGAAACAAUAGCAGCUUACAGUGCUUCACAGUGAAGGGAAAAAAGCCUAGACAAACAUUUUGUCAGAACCUUGCAAAAUGCCAAGGUAUUACCAGUAAAUUGGUUGUAUAUACAAUAAAAUUGCACCCUUUUUUUAAACAAAACAAACUAAGCAAUAGUUUGGGCAGUUUUAGUUGUUUUUAGUGAGCAUGUUGUAGUCACGACUGCAAAGAGAGAGAAUAAGCUGCCCAUUCAGAAGAUAUGUAAUUUGUAUCGUUGUAUAGUUUUAUUGAUUACACUGAUUUAUUCUACCCUAUUUUAUAAUGCAGGACUUUUGUAAUGUUGUCUAAAUGAGGAAAAAUUUCUGUCAAAUUAGCCUAGUGAAAUUUCUGAUUGUUCAUUAUAAAGGCAGCGUUCAUAGAAUUGCUUUUUGUUUCUUUUCAACCCACUUUGGGAACUGGAUUUAAGUUUAAAACUUUCCUGUUUCCUUUUUGUUUGUUUGUUUGGGGUUUUUUUGUAAGUAUUUAAAUACAGUUAUUUUUCUGCCAAUGGUAUAGCAUAUUCCUAUGCUUGAGAAGUGUAGGUCUACUGAAAAACCAUUGCAAAAUGGACGUUACAGGUGUGCUGUAUUUUUGAAGGUAUUUUGUUGUAUUAAGUUUGAUGAAGCUAAAAUUAGGGAACUCUGAACAGAAUUGCCGGAAAAAAAAAAAAUGUUUUCAAGGCUCUAAACCAUUGUGGAGGCAGCGUGAGGUGAUAGCAGACCAGGGUUACGUAUAAAUACACUGAGUUCUGGUUCUGUCCAUGCUUCAUUGUCAAGAAAGCCGCAGGAAACUGUAGUUUGGUUGUCAGCAAGUAGGAAGACAAAACACCAACCAAUCCGCGUGUUUUGCAUUUUUAGGUUAAAAGCUGAGCGAAGGCGCUUGAGGAAGACUUUACUCCAAGGGUGUAGAGACAGACAGACUCAAGAGCUAUCAGCAUUUGAAGGCCCAGCCUUGAUUCUGAGAAAUGUUGGAUUUUUUUUUUCUCUCCCAUCAAAUGGCAUUAAUGCAAUUGGCAAAAGUAGUCCCUCAAAUGACUCCCCCCAAUUUUUUCUUUGGGAACUGAAGUCAGAGGCACAAAUACUAACUCGUAACAUCUGCCGAUAAAUGCUUGCCCCGGCCCCUCUCCUGGCCACUGCUCUUUUUCUAACUUCUCGGGGCAGGAGCCUCUCUGGUGCCAUUCUCCUCCCCUCCAGCCCUCUUCUUCCCACUAAGGUAUGUCUCUUCAGCCCCUGGCAUGACAUCUGUUAGCUCGCUCCCCACCCAGUGCCACCACCACCCACAUGGCUCCCACAGGCCCUCCAGGCUGCAUUCUCCAAGCUCUCCUUUUCCCCUUCCUGACAGUCCAAGUGUGCAGGAUCCAAAUCUCUAGUCACACUGUGCUAUAUUCAGUCAGCCCACAGGAAUAUGCAAAACCCAUCUCAAAAAGUUUGCCUUUCACCUUCCCAAAUCCCCAUGUGCUUCAACAACUCGACAGUGGUGAUGUCAUGAAGUAUUUGCAAAGAAAAUCAUUUUCUCCUGUGAUUUUUUCUUUCCUUUUUCUUUUUUUUGGUGGAGAGUGGUUUUUAAGAAUGUCAUUUGAUAUUCUUUACAACAGAGUCCAUCCCCUGGUCUCUAUCACUCUAUCCUUUUCCUCCCUGUCUCUUUCUCUCUGUGUGUCUCUGUCUUUCUGGCUUUUCUUUGCUUCUUUCUCCUUUCUUGUUUCUGGUAGCAGGCCUCCAUUGAACAGGUGUAAAACACGAGAAGUGUGGUCAUUGAGGAGAGCUUUGGUGGUGCCUCCCAGCCUACCCGCCAGACCUUCCUAGACAGUCCCAGAGGCUGCUCCGCCCUUCGGGCAUGGCUUUCAUUUACACGGGCUUCCGAGGCCAUUUUGUCUUGAAGUCAAUGCAUGCACUCACUGCUUGACAGGAAUCCUACUCUGCCUUCUCCACGUCCAAGGCUGUGCAUUCUUCUAAUUAGUGUCAUGUGUGUUCCCCCUUUAUUUUUUCCAAUAAAAAAAAAGCAGUGGGAUGAAAAUUGCUUUGAUAUAUAGCAGGUAUAUUGAAGCUAUUCCAUAGCACUUAACUGUAGUGAAUACUGUGUCACCAGUUCUGAAAUCAAUUUAAUGUUUAAUGCAAAUCCAUUACAUGGUGCUAUUACAGGCUGACAAAAUGAUUUACACAAAUGUGACAACUUGGGCUCAAUUCACUCUGCUUCCCAACAGUGUAAAUGCAUAGCAGUGUUUAUCUGCAUGAGAACUAUGCACUAAUCUAUCUGAAGAAGAAAAAGAAAAAAACCUAUAUCAACUUUGGUAUCUACUUUCCGUUUACUUCAAUCCUUGCCUUUUUGGUCAUUGUUAUAAUGCCAGCUUUAGGACAGAAAGAAUUAUAAGAAAACCAGCAUAAUACCUGAUAUAUUAAAAUGUAGUGCCUGUGAAAUCUGUAUUAUACUGCUCUUCUGAAGUAAGAUUUUUUCUACACCGGUAGCCUUCGCUGUCUGUCAGUCAGGACCUCUGGUAUAGGUGAUGUAAAAUAACCGUACAAUAUUAUGCAUGCUAUUCCAUAAUGCUUAGUGAACUGUAUGAAUAUUACUCAAAGUUCUGUUAGUCUUUUUUUCUGCCUCGGUUCUUGUCAGCUAGGUUUGAGGUAUUUCACUGAGAACGCGAACUCUGUCUUCCUUCCGGCUGUCUUCAGUAUCUUGGAGGUGUACACUUACUUAAAUUCAGUAUUACGUGUGUUUUGUUUUCAUUUUUUUGUUUUUGUUUUGUUUUUUUGUUUCGUUUUAUUUCUCUUAAGGGACAAGCAUGGGUGUUUGAUUUCAGAAAUCAGUAUCUGGUGGAAUUUUUGUUUCAAAACUACCAUUUGAAUUUCAAGAAGUCUGCUGCAAAACCACUCGGAGAUCCUUUCUAAGUGAGAGUCGCUUUCUUGAGCCUCAGCAGAAGCUUGGCGACACUGAAGCAUCUUAGUGGACAGUGGACCCAUGCUUGAUCCACAUCACACCAGACUGACUUCCUCAUAUUAAAAAGAAAAAAAAAACAACUUAAGAAAUCACGUGGCUAUUUAGUUACAUGCACAGAUGCAAUAUUUUCUUCAAAACUAUAACUCUGUACAAACUUUGGGCCCGAUUCAUAACAAAGAAGUUUGCUAUUAACACGGGAUUUUUAAAAUAUGCUCUUUUUUUUUUUUUGGUCUAAAUUUGAAGCUACUUGCUUCCCAAAUUGAAUAUUUGUUUUCUUUUUUUCCCCCAUGAACCUGCACCCAUCUGCCUUCCAUUCUCCAAAGGGUUGCAUUAAGCCAGUAAGCAAGUUAGAGGGAUAAGAUAUGGAGAAGAGAUCCCAGCAAAGGGAGAACACUACCUUGGAGAUAUAGCGCAUAGAGGACACCUGCUCUGUGUGUCGGGCAUCCUACAAGUGGACUCACUGUGCUGUUUGGGUCAUAAAAUGUAUCUGGACCACAAGAGUAUACAGGAGAAGUGCUACCUCUGAUCACACUAGAGCAAGUUCCUGGCAGAAAGUAUCACAGACUUUAACAUGGAAGGUUUCCUGUCUCUACAGUGGUUACAAGGGGUGUCCAAGGAAUAGACUGUUCUUCCUGCUGUUAGAUGCUCAGCUUCUCAAAAAACCUAAAGCUGGUUUUUCUUUUCCUUGACUGUUACUUGUAAUGUUCUUUUUUUUUUUUUUAAUUUUUUUUUCUUGGUAAUGAUCUGUAAAUUGGCUUUUUUUUUUAACCUGUUAGCAUUCUCAACUAAAGGUCGCAGGCCACAUGCAAGUGUGAGGGAGCUGCUAGCUCUCUUCUCCCUCAGGCCACUGUCUCUCUGCUGGACUCAGCAGCCUUGCCACUGAGAUGCCAGCCAGACUAGACAUGGAGUGCCAGCAGGUCCCCCUUAGGAAGACUGUCAAGGCUAAGUCCUUCUUUGCCCUCCCACUAACCUUUCCCAUCACACAUGAAAAAAAAAAAAAAAAAAAAAAGUCUGCUCAGAGUGCCUCUGAUUUUCAUUUCAAAUUGUGGGGGAAAGGAUUAAAAACUUCCAAUGACGGAAAAAGAGAGCUAUUGUGAAACAAAACACCCCGUGUUAAUAACUUGGUCUGAAAUUGUUUUUAUGAGCCGGGCCCCGGGCCUCUAGCAUAUCUGUAUUGACUCUCAUAGUUACCCUUUUCGUUUACUGUGUUCUGUGAAAACUUGUAAUUGGUUGAGAAUCACUGUGGGCGUCCAUUCUUAUCAACUAAAUCUCCACAGGGUUUUUGAGCUGGUGUGGAUUAGUUUAACUCUUGUAUUCAACCGUUAGUGCUACCACCUUCUCACAUUACAAUACAAUUACUGGAAGCAAGUACUGCAUUUCCUAUGCAACAAAAAAGGAAAAAUAAAAAAUUGCUAAUGCUACA